GAAAGGUAAGUUUUAGAGCUACUUGUUGAACCUCCAGUCCAUAAGUUAAAUAAUGCCGUGUGAAACAAAGACUCCCAGACUCAGCAAACUUUGAUUUUAUUUCACAUUUGUACAAUCAUCCAGUAAAAUGUCUUCUCCUAGUAUGUCCAGCAUUGAUUCUGUGUUAGAAGAAUUGAAAUUACAGUAUCUUAUUGGCCGAUUUCAUGAGGAAAAAGUAGAAAUUAGUGAUAUUCAGAGCUUGACAGAUGGUGAGCUUAAUCGUCUCGGGGUGACAACUAUUGGAGACCGGGUAAGACUGAGAGAAAAAGUGACUGAAUUAACAAAACGCGAUUGCUCGUCACAUCAACAAACCCCUUCCACAAGCAGACCGUCAGCACCAGAACAGAAUGAACUAGGUGUGGAUCAUUUAAGGAGACAGAGAAAUUUGCUAUUUUCUAGAUCUAGCACUAGUAGGAAGAGGAAGGAUGUUGCAGAUCCAGAUAAAUGUGUGCAAGUUAAUAAACGCUCAUACAGAGGUUGGACAGUUUCAGUGAUGUGUUUAUCUGAUAAAAACAGUACCAGAGUCCCCACUGCGGAUGAAAAAGAACUUUUGUUAAAAGCAGGAUUGGGCCUGAAAAAAAUGAAAUUUGGAUUGAUGGAUGGAGAGACAGAAGUGAUACAAAAACUUUCAUCUGAUGAAACUGACGAAAACGAUGAAUGUCUUGGCUUUCCUCAAUUGAAGACUUGUGGUGGAUUUGAAUUGAUGAGAAGUCAAUCAAACAGCAGAAUUUUAACUUUGAUUGACAUUGAAUGGUCUGUUAGAAAUCUGAAGGCUUGCAUUGGAUCACAAGGUAAACUUUACAUCAGACCAAUACAAAUGAAUCUCUCAACUGAAUCUAAAAAGAAAAAAUUGGAAAGUACCAAAUCACUGGCAACCGAAACAUGCAAGCAAUGUGGAGACUCAUUUUCAAUGGCAGAGCUAAGAGCACAUUGUCAGUCCUGUGUUGGAGAAUCUAAUGAAACUAAAGAUGAGAAAAAUGAACAAGAAAUAAACACACCAGAUGCAGAGGAGACAGAUGACUUGCCAGAUCCUUUACUGGAACCUGCAACAAAUUCCACUACAUAUAUGGAAACAACAGCUGCUAUUUCUGCAAGCUCUGAAUUAGUAUUCUUUAUGGAUGAACCGAGUUUCUCAAAUAAUUUGGCUGACAGAGAAAUAAAUAUUAAUCAUGAUACUGAAGACUUGUCCACAGAAGAUGUUCAGCCAGUAAGCAUUAUUGAUACAGCUACUAGGGCAGUUCAGUAUUGUACUGCACAGCAAAUACAAGAUCCUGUGGAUAUUUUACGAUAUUUACAGUCUGUCCUGGUCAUCGGACGGAAAUUAGACAUUGAUGAUCCUUCCCAGCCUAUCGAAGGCCAAACUAACUACAUCUGUGUGGACAGAUCUAAUAUACUGACAACAGCGUUUGAAGAGAUAAAGGCAAUAGAUGAUCUAAGGUUCACUCUAGAAGUACAAUUUUAUGGCGAGGUAGCGGCAGACUAUGGUGGUCCGAGAAAAGAGUUCUUCCAGCUGGCCUUGAUGGAGAUCAAAGAAAAAUACUUUGAUCAUGGUAUUAGAGAGCAUUUGGCUGAGGACUACACAAUAGUUGGAAAAAUUCUUGCUUUGAGCAUUCUUCAAAAUGGAAAACUCCCACGGUUUUUUGAUGAGGAGUUACACAGUCUUGUGUUUUCAGAGGUGUCUGCCAGUUCUAGGUGCAUCACAAAUUUGAGAGCUGGGCUGGAUUCACUGGGACUGUAUACGGUUGGUGUAAGGUUGCCUAUGUUCAGAUAUUUACUACAACCAUCAACCACCAGUAUAACAGUAAAAGCUCUGAUCCAACUACUGCAUCCAAAGUUUGCAGAGGAGGGGUCCAAUACAAGACGUUUUGAAAAUAUCAUAUAUGCAACUUUUAUGAAAUACCUACGAGAAAUUGCAAGUGGCAGAAGAGGAACUGUAUCUCUACAGCAUGUUUUGCAGUUCACAACAGGUACACCAGAAGAGCCUGUGCUUGGUUUCACACUACACCCAUCUAUAGAUUUUGUUGAAGCACAGUCUAAGUCAGGUUUUAUACCCACUGCAAAUACAUGCAUCAAUACCCUGAGAUUACCAAGACCAACAUCUGAUGUACAUUUACCCUCGGAGGAGGAACUUUUUCGCUUAUAUGACUACGCAUUUAUGAAUACAUUUUAUGGAUUGUAUUGAAUUCU